AUGUAUGUUGAUGAAUAUAAUAAUAAUUAUAAUGUUCAAUUGACACAAAGAAUAUAUUUUACAACUGUUUCUGGACAUCCAGUAUCAGUAUUUUCAAUGAUCCGUGGAGAGAGUAGAAAGGUAAAGAUCAAAGGAAAGAGUGGUACAUCUAAGGAAUCCAAUGAUACCUAUCCAUCAAUCAAUUCAUCUGAUAAUCAAGUGGUUACAUCAGCCUCCAAGGAGAUUGGAAUAUUAAAGAGUCUAAAGGGUGGUGAAACGUCGUAUGGUCAUUUAUUGGGGUCGGUCUAUGUUGCACCCAAUCAACCAAUUGCCUCUGACGAUCUAGACAUUAAUGGUGUACCAUUAAAGUAUGAUCCACUAUUCCUCGACAAUUCAGAGCUCAAGACUGGUAAACAUCGUACCGUCAUGAAUCUGCCUGGCUACAAAAUUUCAAUCUUUCCCUACAUUAAAAAAGGUGCCAUCAAAGAGGAACUAAACGAACAGUUUAGACAAAAACAUGAAUGGAUCAGUCAACCAGGUGUCACACUCUACAAGAUUAGAAAACUCAAGAGAAAGCUUAAAAAGAUUGCAAUCAUGUCUGAUAUUGAAAUGUCUACCCUUGCACUAUCCUAUGUCUUUUUGGAAAAACUCAUUCUCAAGAAUAUCAUUACAAAACCUUCUUGUAAAUUACAUGCCUCUACUUGUUUAUUAUUGGCUGCUAAAUUUCAUGACCCAAAAGCUUUAGAAUCACUUUCUCCUUUAAUUGAAAGUAUCGAAAAGAAAUUUCCAAUUACAAAAAAAGAAUUACUUGCAUCAGAGUUUAAUGUAUUUUCUCAAUUAUCUUUUGGUCUAUUUAUUGAUAUUCAUGAUAUAUUGCCACAUUAUAAUAGACUAAAGAUUGAAUUAUUAGAUUCUGAUCAAAUAUUAAUUAAUAGUGCAGUAAAACAAUUAUAUUCUUGA